GUUAGAAACCAUUGUGAGUAGCAGGCAAAUGAAGAAGGACAUCCCAUGCUCUCGUCAUCAUUUCAGACUUCAAGUGUAGAGGCAUUUCAAUGUGUCAUAAACCAGUUUGCGCCAAAGAUGUACAAAUUCUCCUACUUUGGAAUGCAAAGUCGCUUGGCCUUAGCAGCACUUCACUACAGUGAGAAUUCCAGUAAGGAUCAGGCAGCCACAAGAGAGGGGAAUCUACAAUACAGCAUUGUAUUUCCUAACACAAAAAGGGUGACUACACUGCGACGAAAAUCAAGACGCAAAGUACUUAUGACUAUAUUGAUGUUCUUACAAACGCUGCAAAGACGCGGGCCAUCAACAUGAAGAUGCCACAGUGUGGGAAUCUUGGAGUUGCACCACCGCCACCGUG